AUGGAUGAAUACCAGGCGAUAGAACCAAAAGGCCAAGAUAAUACAAUAGAUGGAUUCAACAUUGUAAUCACGAGUACUAUGUUGAAGUCUGAAGUAUAUGAGGAAUCAACAGAUAAUGACAAGCCCAUUAAGAAGGAUGAAGAUAUUGAAGAAAUGGAUAUUAUUGAUAAUGACCAAAAUGAUUUACCGCCAGAAUGUUCUACGACGUCAGAUAAUACUAUUGCCUCACAUUUAAAUGAUAAUGCUGAAGAGGAGCCUUCGGAAUCCCAAAUUGACGCAGCCUGUCCCAUCUGCGGUAAAAUUAUGAGCAGACGUGAUAAUUUAUUAAAACACAUGCGUACACAACAUGAUAUAGAAGCGCCCAGUACAUAUUUAGACAAACAUAAACUUGAUUCAAAAGAAGUGUUUGCCUGUAAAAUAUGCCCAGAUAAAUACAUAAAUAAAUACACGUAUUUAUAUCAUAUACAAAAUAAACAUGGUGGUGAUGAAAGAAAGGAAAAACAAAAACCGAAGGAUAAAAUUUUUAAAUGUCGUUCAUGCGAUUAUACAGCUAGAAAUUAUACGGCAUUGAACUAUCACAAUCGUUCCAAGCAUGGCUCCGAAAACGACAAAUUUAAAUGCAAAUUUUGUUCAUACAUGUGUUUGAAGAAAUUUGACCUAUUAACACAUGUGAAAAAAUCACAUAUAGAACUGAUUAAAACACUUAAAGCUGAGGCGGGAAAUAAAGUGGAUGAAAGGGAUGCUUCAAAGGACACUGGUAGUACUAAUGCUAACUUAAAGACUUCUUCUAAAUAUGUAACAUCACAAGAAGAAUACUCUUCCAGUGAUGACAGUAUUCCAUUGGCACAAAAAAUCACUAAAUCCCAUACAAAGCCCACAAUAAAGACUGAAAUGGAUAAGGAACAAUUUAGUGAUGAAGAGUUUAUAAGGGAUUUUCUAAACAUUAAAAAAAGAAAGACUAAAAAAUCAGCACCCAAAUCAUUAGCCAAACGAUGUGAUGAAUGUGGUAAUAUUUAUAAAAACAACAAAGCUCUUUAUGCCCAUAAACGUCAUGUACAUAUCAGCGAAGAUAAGUAUAGCUUAUGUCCACAUUGUGGUAAAAAAUACAAACGAAAAAUCGAUCUUAGGCUACACAUUGAAAAGACUCAUAUUCCCAAAAAUACAACUGAAACUGCAAAACAUCCAGCAAAAGUUAGAGAGAAACGUUUUAUGUGUACAGAAUGCUCGUACAUUUGUACCACACUAACCAUCCUGAAUAUUCACAUAAAUCGUCAUCAUACUGGCGAAAAACCACAUGAAUGUGAUAUUUGCUUUAAAUCGUUUAUUGUGCCGUACGAAUUGAAAAUUCAUCGUUAUUUACAUACUGGCGAAAGGCCAUACAAAUGUCCAAUUUGUUCGAAGGGUUUUCGAGACAAUUCCCAUAUGAAUAAACACAAACGUAUACAUAGCAGUGAACGGCCGUACAAGUGUAAAGAUUGCGGUAAAAGUUUUACACAGUCGUAUAAUUUAUCGGUGCACCGACGAACACAUCUGAAGGAGAAAAAACUGAAUCAUCUUAAUGAAAAUCAUCAUGAUGAAGUUGUAUAAAUGUAAAAAGAGUGAUUAUUAUUUAUGUUCUCGACAGAAAAAUAUAAAAUACAUAAUAUGAUGAUUAAUAUAAAA